UUUCUCUUUAUAUUUACUUGUUCUCCAUUAUCCUCCAUUCCCUCACUGCAGGAACAGAGCAGGUAUCAUAAUCUGAUCCCAAAGUUCAUCAAUGCACAGACUGGCAGAUUGAGGAACGAUGACAUGGUCACACUAGGAGCUAGAGCCGACAGUUAUUAUGAGUAUUUAUUUAAACUUUGGCUGCAAAGUGGGAAGAAGGAAGGAAAGUUUUUGAAGUGGUACUUGGAGACUGUUCAAGGUGUUGAAGAGGUCCUUCUUCGCGAAUCUGAGCCAAACAAACUAACCUUUAUUGGUGAAAGCAAAGGAGCCAGCUUUAUACCUAAAAUGGAUCACUUGGUUUGCUUUUAUGCCGGAGUCCUAGCCCUGGGAUCUGAGCAUGUCCAGCAACCAUCACACAUGAAGAUUGGGAAGCAAUUGAUGUAUACUUGUUGGCAGAUGUAUGAGAGAAUGCCAACUGGUCUGAGUCCUGAGAUUGUGUACUUCAAUAUUGAUCCAAACAGCAAGAAAGAUGAUAUUUUUGUCAAGAUGAAUGAUAAGCACAAUUUAUUGCGACCAGAGACAGUGGAGUCUUUAUUUGUUCUUUAUCGACUCACAAAAGACCAGAAGUACAGAGACUGGGGCUGGAGGAUAUUCCAGUCCUUUGAAACUUACACAAAACUAGAAAAUGGCUACAGCUCGAUCAGCAACGUCCAGAACCCAGACAAUCCAGGCUAUCGCGACAAAAUGGAAAGCUUUUUUCUCGGAGAGACUCUGAAAUAUUUAUUUUUAUUAUUUUGCGACGAUGAUUGGGUUUUACCGCUGGAUGAGUGGGUAUUUAAUACCGAAGCACAUCCGCUACCCAUUUGGGUGACUAGAUAAUGAAACUUUUAAUAAUAUUAUUUUGCAUUCUAAAUUAUGCUCUUAUAUAAGUUACAUAAACUUUGUAAUGGUUUUGAUUUACACUGAUUAUUAUUUAAAGAG